GCGGGCCACCCUCCAGUACGCGGCUCGUGUGCACGAGGUAAACACGGCUCCCAAAAAAUCGGGGCGGACCGGAAAUGGAAUGACGCGCGGCGAGUGAGGGGUUCUCAGGCUACCGCGCUGUCUCUCUCUCUUUCCGACUCCCUCCCCCUAAUUGCCUGAUUGUCCGAGCUGCAUCAGAAUGUACGGUUUCGUGAAUUACGCCCUCGAGCUCUUGGUCGUGAAGACCUUCGGCAGCGAGACGUGGGAAGCGAUAAAAAAAGAUGCGACGGUUAAUAUGGAAGGGCAGUUUCUGGUGCGACAGAUCUAUGACGACGAGAUUACGUAUAAUCUUAUAUCCGCCGCCGUCAAUAGGCUUAAUAUCCCUGCCAACGAAAUACUCGAGUUGUUUGGUCGGAUGUUCUUCGAGUUCUGCCAAGAUUCCGGUUAUGACAAGAUCCUUCAGGUCCUUGGAGCUACACCUAGAGACUUCCUGCAGAAUUUGGAUGCGCUUCAUGAUCAUUUGGGUACUCUAUAUCCGGGCAUGAGAGCACCAUCCUUUAGAUGUACAGAGAGACCAGAGGAUGGCGCGCUUAUUUUGCAUUAUUAUUCGGAUCGGCCUGGGCUGGAGCACAUCGUUAUCGGCAUUGUCAAGACGGUCGCGAAAAAACUGCACGGCACGGACGUUGAUAUGCAGAUAGUGAAGACGAAAAGCGAAUGCGAUCAUGUACAAUUCCUCAUAACUGACACCUCGGGGCCGGGAGUCGUAUCAAAUCCUAUGAUCGCCGAGCUGGAAACACUGUCUGUGGAACCAAAGGUCAGCCCAACAACAUUCUGCCGAGUUUUCCCAUUUCACCUAAUGUUCAAUCGGGACCUCACCAUAGUUCAAACCGGAUGUACCAUCACACGCGUUAUACCGCGCGUCUCCAGCGGUCAUUGCAAAUUAAGCGAUAUUCUCCUGACUGUCAGGCCGCAUUUGGAAUUAACGUUCGAGAAUAUAUUGUCGCACAUAAAUACAGUAUACGUACUGCGAACUAAAAAGGGCGUAAUGCGCGUCGACGCUGCGGAGGAAUACGCGUCCUUGCGUUUAAAGGGGCAAAUGCUGUAUAUACCUGAAUCCGAUCUAGUCAUCUUUCUGUGUUACCCGAGCGUUAUGAAUCUCGAUGACUUAACCAGGCGGGGUCUGUACCUGAGCGACGUUCCCCUGCACGACGCCACUCGCGAUCUGGUCCUGAUGUCGGAGCAAUUUGAGGCGGAUUACAAGCUGACGCGCAAUUUGGAAUUGCUCACCGACAAGCUGCAGCAGACGUAUCGCGAGCUCGACGGCGAGAAGCAGAAAACUGACAGAUUACUCUACUCGGUGCUUCCCAUCUCGGUGGCGAACGAGCUCAGGCACUCGAGACCAGUACCAGCGAAGAAAUACGAUUGCGUUACCCUCCUGUUCUCCGGGAUAGUCGGCUUUGGCGCUUACUGCGCCGCUCACACGGAUUCCAACGGCGCUAUGAAGAUCGUCAAUAUGCUCAACGAACUCUACACGGCUUUCGACGUGUUGACUGAUCCCAAAAAGAAUCCCAACGUUUAUAAGGUGGAAACCAUCGGUGAUAAAUACAUGGCGGUGAGUGGACUGCCGGAACCCUGUCGUUGUCAUGCACGAUGCAUUGCCCGUCUAGCUCUAGACAUGAUGGAUCUCGCGGCUGACGAAGUGCAAAUCGAUGGCGAACCUGUGAAAAUCACGAUUGGAAUACACAGUGGAGAAGUGGUUACUGGCGUGAUUGGUCAUCGUAUGCCCCGCUAUUGUUUAUUCGGAAAUACCGUGAAUCUUACCAGUCGCACAGAGACCACCGGUCAGCCAGGGAAAAUCAAUGUUUCGGAGGAUGCUUACAGGUAUCUGUGCAUGCCUGAAAAUCAAGAUCCGCAGUUUCUCUUGGAGUACCGAGGUCCUGUGUCCAUGAAAGGAAAAUCCGAACCCAUGAACGUAUGGUUCCUGUCCAGAGAAAGAGAACUGGCGUCGUAAAUCGUUACGGCAACGACGCACCUAGCAAUAAUUUCGGGAAUCUCUUCACUUCAGUUCGAGAGUUAAAAAUGGAUAUACAGAGUAAUAAAAGUUUGCGCGCUCCCACGCAAAUCCUUACGUUCGCGAGGAGAUAGCUAAUUAUUAAGAGAUAAAAUAGGAGCAAUGCAAGUGUACGACUAAGGCACUUUCACGACCAUACACUUUCGUGUACCAUACGUUUGAUUGUAUGCGGAAAAGUUUAUAAAGAGUUUAUCGCGCCGAGACAUCGGCGCGAUUGUUCCCGAGCAGAUUGUAAGGCCGAGGGCCUUGUCCCCGGCUGGAUAGGCCUGUUCAGCGAUUGUAAGUGUGCAAAGCUAUCAAAUAUAAUCGUUAUUUAUUUGAUGACAUCGCAGCGAUAAGCAGCAUCUCUUGUCCCGCUUCGCCUAGUUGUCAGGUCGUCGAUGAUCAUUCGCGGCGAAGAGGUUGCAGGCGCGAAAUGUCCUGCCCUUAACUGAGAAAAAGACAACGAAAAUAACCAGACAGGCGAUUCGCGCAUGCACGCGGCUCGGAGGUGUAACGGAACCUGUUCUAGUUCCCUUUAAGGCUCACAAGGUCUGUACAAUGGAUCUCGUAUGCAUUCUUCUGAACAGCGAAACGUUUCUUCCUUCAGACUAACGCAUUCUUCGUGGAAAAUUUUAUUUUAUGGCAAUAUUACAUUUAACUCAAUUACGUGCUAGUCACAACUACUAGCUUUAAAUCGUAUUUAAAUCUACUGUUGAUUCUAGUUUUGUAUUGCGUAAAUGUGAUAAGAAUUUUUUACGAAUUUCUGCACAGAUUACAUCACUCGAAUGUAUUUUAAUCUUAAUCAUUAAAUACUGUACUUAUUGCGCUUCAAUAAGAAAAAUCGAUAUUU